AUUGCCCGGCAGAAGACGGGACGAUGUCGCCUCCACAGAAACGCGAACUUGACUCUGACUCGGAAGAAGAUCCUGACUACGUCCCGCCCGCUGACGAGCCAGGAUCAGACAGUGAGCACGAGGGGAAGGGCUCCAAGGAAUCGCAUUCGAUUAUCACAGAAGAGGACGAAGCGCACAAGAAGAGCACUCGCGAAGCACUAUGGGCAGACUUCAAGGCCUCCCUUUCCUCACCUCCGACGGCUGCUACGGAGAAGCCGCCGGUGCAGAUGGUGAAGAUCGAGAAACGCUACCGCUUCGCAGGCGAAGAUGUGACAGAGAUCAAAGAGGUGCCUGAGGACUCUGAAGAAGCCAAGAAGUGGCCGAUCUGGCGACCUCCGUCGGACGAGAGCGCGCCGCGGCCUGAGGACCAGCCGGCCGAUUCAGGCCCAAGCUCAGCAGCCCCCGGGCCCUCAGACGCGCCAGCGCCGAAACUCACAAAGCGUCCGGGCCCGCGGAAGCCCAAAACCCAGCUCGCGCCGCUGCCCGGCGCGCAAAAGGCCAAGAAGCUCACGACGCUCGACAAGUCCGCGCUCGACUGGCGUGCACACGUCGAGGGCGCGCCGCCGGAAGCGGGUCUUCGCGACGAGCUUGACGUGCACCGCCGUGGGGGAGGAUACCUUGAGAAGGUCGAGUUCUUGCAGCGCGUUGAGCAGCGCAAGGAGGAAGCCCUUGAGGCGAGCAGAGCGACGAAGCGUAGGAGGACGAUUGCGUAGAUGUAUAGGCUGAUGCACGGCGAGCGCGUAUACUGGUAGCAUGCACUCGUGUGUCGAGAAGCCGCUCCCAACGGUUUGCUUUGCAGGGCACGGCUGCCGAACUCAAACCGCCUUACUAUAACUCUCUCUUGAUCCAAGAUGCAAGCUGGACGUCGACCAUUUCGAAGAACAUGACUGAAGUACAAGACCCGAUUCAAAUCCUCUGUACGACCUGAAAUUUUCCAUACAGAUGUUGUUAUAGUUCAACAUAGCUUCUCAACAUGGCGCUUG